UUUUAUUGAGAAAUGCAGCAGCAAGAGAUGGAAAGAUCAUCAAAUUCCGAUCAGGUUGUUCUCAUCCUGGACCAACAAAAUCCUAGAGCUCCAUCAAUGGCUGCCGAGCUCAAGGACCAGACAUCCGCAGAUGAUCAAAAGGUCACUCAAAACCCUGCAAGAACCAAAACCCUACGCCGUCUUAGCUUCUCCAAACCAAAAUCUCGAUUGGCAGAGUUCAACCAUCCACCUGCAUACAAGAUAAUCCCGGAAUCCGGCGACAUGAGAGAGCCCGUUCUGUUUGAAGAAAACCCUUCAUCCACUGACGACGACGAUAACGAAUCAUGGGAUGAAGAAGAAGAUGAUGAUGAUGAUGGAGAUAGAGAAACAAGAAAACCGAGAAGAUCUCCAAAGAAGAAGCGAAAAUUGCAGUGGAGGCUCUUGCUGGAAUGGGUACUAUUUAUUACCAUAAUGACAUGCUUAAUCUGUUCCCUCACCUUAACUUCCUUAAAAAACAAGAGCAUGUGGGGUUUGGUGGUCUGGAAUUGGUGCUUGAUGGUGAUGGUGACUUUCAGCGGCCGGCUGGUUUCUGGUUGGGUGAUCGGAUUCUUUGUCUUCUUAAUCGAGAGAAACUUCAUGCUUAGAGAGAAAGUGUUGUACUUCGUUUACGGGCUGAGAAAGAGCAUCCAAAACUGCGUUUGGUUGGGUCUUGUUUUGCUUGCAUGGACGCUAAUGUUCAACGCCAAAGUCCACAAGGAGAACAAAAUGCUGGAGAAAGUUUUCCAGGCGCUGGUUGCUGUACUCGUUGCAGCAACAAUUUGGCUUGUCAAGAUUAUCCUAGUGAAAAUGAUGGCCUCCUCAUUCCACGUCGCAACCUACUUCGAUCGGAUGAAAGAAAGCGUUUUCCACCAUUACAUUUUGGAGGCUCUGUCGGGUCAGCCAUUGAUGGACGAAUAUCAUGAUCAUCAAGAUAACCGUCUCCGCCACCUGUCCAAGUCCAUGCCAGGGAAGUGGAAGGAAGAGGGGAGUAUAUUCAAGUCGAAGAAGUUGGGGUCAAGGAAAAUGGAUUUGGAAAAGCUGAGGAAGCUGAGCAUGCAGAAGAAGAAGAUGUCGACGUGGAGCGUGAAGAGGCUAAUAAACUACGUGAGGUCGACCAAAUUGUCUACCAUUUCAAACACUGUUGAUGGUUUUGGGAAGGCGGAGUCGGAGAUUAGCAGCGAGUGGGAGGCCAGGAGCUGCGCUCGAAGGAUUUUCAAGAACGUUGCCAAACCGGGUGCCAAGUACAUUGAAGAGGAAGAUCUGAUGAGAUUUCUGAUGAGGGUUGAGAUUCAUACCAUUUUUCCUCUCUUUGAAGGAGCCCUUGAGACCGGAAGGAUUUCCAAGUCUUCAUUCAGGAAUUGGGUGGUUCGAGCAUAUUUUGAAAGAAAAGCUCUGGCACAUUCAUUGAAUGAUACCAAGACAGCAGUGCAGCAGCUUCACAAGCUAGCAAGUUCAAUCGUGAUUGUGAUAAUAUUUGUGGUGUUUCUGUUGGUGAUGGAGUUGGCCAACAGCAAAGUUGUCUUGUUUGUAAUAACCCAACUGGUUCUACUGGGUUUCGCAUUUCAGAACACUUGCAAGACCAUUUUCGAGUCCAUCAUCUUCGUCUUCAUCAUGCACCCUUUCGACAUCGGAGACCGCUGCGUAGUCGAAGGUGUUCAGAUGGUUGUGGAAGAGAUGAACAUUCUGACAACUGUUUUCCUUCGAUACGACAAUGAGAAAAUUUACUACCCCAACUCAGUUUUGCUUACAAAGCCGAUCAGUAACUUUUACAGAAGCCCGGAGAUGGUUGAUGGUAUUGAUUUUAGCAUUGAUGCCUCGACGUCAAUGGAGGUUAUUAUUUCACUGAAAAAGGCCAUACAAGCAUACUUAGAGAGCAAGCCAAAUUACUGGAAUCCAAAACACUCGGUGAUCGUGAAAGAAAUAGAGAAUGUGAACAAACUGAAAAUGUGCUUGGCUGUUCAACACACCAUCAACCAUCAGAACUAUGGGGAACGAAACAAUCGGGUGACAGAGCUUAUAUUGGAGCUCAAGAAGAUGUUUGAGACACUUGAUAUUAAGUAUCGUCUUCUUCCUCAGGAGGUCCAUCUCAACAAAAUCACCGACCAUUGAUCACAAAGCCAACGCCAGGAUGUUUUACUUUAUUUCUAUCUUAAGACUAAAAUAAUGGAACAUUUACUCAUGGGGAUAAAUUCCCCAUGGAUCAAGAACUAAUUUCUUGUAUUUCGUACUCGUAUUUUUGUGCCUUCAACCUUCCUGCUACGAAAAAUUUAACUGAGCGUUGGGUUGGGUUUUACGUGGAUAUGUUUA